AUGCGAGAAUCCCUUCGGAGGGCACGUUCUGUGAAAGGUAGUCGAGGUGAUGAAGGAGGAAACAGACAUAAGAGCGCGGUUUUCAUAGACCCCCAGGUAGCUGAUGAAAUUUUAGCUAAUACUUUCGAGAGUUCCUAUAAAUCGCAUCCUUCCGAUCCCAUAAUGGAGGUGGGGGAGCAAUUGGCUACUGCAGUUUGUGAUGAUGAGGUAGUGGCGUCGAGGUUAAUAGACAUUGGCAAGAAGGUUGGUAUAGUUGUACAUGGGAACGAUGAGCAGAUUGGCUCAUUUAAUUCUCGAGGAUUGGGGAGCGAGGUGAAGCAAAAGAAGGUGUGUGAAAUUGUUCGCUCUGAAGGUUUGGAGUUUUUGGCAAUUCAAGAAACAAAACUUGAGACAUGUAAUCGCAACUUAUGUGCACAUUUGUGGGGUUCUAUGGAUUUUGAUUGGAUUGCCUUACCCUCUAUUGGCAGAAGCGGGGGUAUAUUUUCACUUUGGGAUACAUCCGAAGGUAAAAUACUUUUAUCCUUUUCUGGUACUGGAUUCCUAGGUGUUUGCUUGCAAGUAUUGGCUGUUGGAAACCUAUGUGUUGUGUUGAAUGUCUAUGCAUCAUGUAGACUAAGUGAGAAGAGAAAGUUAUGGGAUGAUUUGCUCAUGACAAGAAAGGGUUUUAGCAAAUUUAUGUUGUGUAUAUUGGGUAACUUUAAUGCUGUGCGACAGGUGAAUGAGAAGAAGGGUUGUCAGGGAGACUAUGGUAUCUCUAAAAUGGACGACUUCAAUUCUUUCAUUCAGGAAAUAGAGCUUGUGAAUCUUUCACUUGCUGAAAGAGUCCUUGUUUCUGGUUCCUGGAUUGAUUAUUGGGGAGAUGGUUUUAUUCAGGUUCUGAGCAGAGAUGUGUCUAAUCAUUGUCCCAUUAUUCUAAAGCACAAAGUGGUUAACUGGGGUUCGAAUCCAUUUCGAUUUAACAAUUGUUGGCUGACUCAUAAAAGAGUUAUGGAGGUGGUGGAGGAAGCGUGGCAAAGAGGUAUUAUUCUUUCAUGGGCUGCCCAGAGAGCGAGCCAGAGGUUGAGGAAUGUUAAGAUUGCAUUAAAAAAUUGGAAUGUUGAGGUGUUUGGAAAUGUUGAUAAGGUGAUUUCUGAUUUGACAACAGAGUUGAGUUUAAUUGAUGAUAAAAAUUUUGUAAAGGAACUUUCCGAUGUGGAGAAAGAGCGUCAACAAAUAUUGGUUGGUGAUAUUUGGAAGAUUAGGAAGAAUAAAGAGAGUCUCAUAGCUCAAAAAGCUCGAGUGCGAUGUGGGAAGGAGGAUGAUUUAAAUACAAAGUUCUUUCAUUUAUGUGUUGACGGGAGGAGGUGA